AUGCCUAAUGAUAUCAUUAAAUUUAAUCCAUGUGAGUCAGAACUUUUGUUACCACUAAGUUUUAAAAAUUAUCCUGAUGAUGAGGAUGUGGUUCUUCACGCAUUGGGAAUUUAUCAAGACCCAGCUGAUAGUAAUAAUUUAUACAUGUUUCUGAUUAAUCAUAAACGAUCAGGAAGCGUGGUUGAAAUUUUUAAUCAUAAAAUUGGGUCACAAGAAUUACAAUAUUUGGAAACCAUCAAAGAUGAUUUGAUUCUUUUUGCACGUCGUCCAUGGUCAAGUGUUGUGUUUUAUUCUGGGGUUAAUAAUAAAUCGGAAAUAGUUGCAGAUAAAAUAAGUUAUCCUAAUGGAAUAGAUGGUAAUUGGGACAAUUCACGUAUUUAUCUGGGAACUUCUGGAAGUGGUAAAUUGUUUAUAUAUGAACGAAAACAUGACAACAAACUCAAAUUAUUGGACACUGUUAAAACUGAUUCUACGGAUAAUGUUAGUGUUGAUGACAUUACUGGUGAAAUUUAUUUGGCUACAUUCCCAAAGCUUAUACCAGCCGCCAUCUUCAUAGAGGGUUAUUAUGACACACACGUACCAAGUGCAAUCGUAAAAAUUAGUAAUAAUACAAAUGAAGAUAAAUUCUACGGUGUAAAAUACUCUAAAGAAAUUGUGUAUCAAGAUGAUGGAAGCUUUCUUAAUUUCGUUACAGUUGCAGCUGUUGAUAGAAAAAGAAAUGUUAUGCUAUUAGGUUCUCUUAUUAGUAAAGGAAUUGUAAGAUGCGAAUUAGAGUAG